UUGUCAUUGGAAGCUGGUGAAGCAAGAACGAGAAUCUUCUGCCGAUAUUGAAGCUUUUGAUUUGAAGUGAGUUUGAGAGUCAGGUGUGACAGAUGUGACAGAUGUGACAGACGUGACAGCCGAAGCAGCCGAUGAAUGAAGCAUUGCAGUUGAAAAGUGUUUAAUUUUUUCCCAGGUUUUUAUAAAGAUAAAAUUAAUGCAUGCGUGUUAAAGAAAUAAGACCAACAGCGCCAAGUUUUUUUAUAUUUUUUUGAAAACAUGAUAAACGACCAGCAGAGACAAAGCGCUUGUCAAUCGAAAACUUGAGCUAAGAAGAAAUAAUCAGUAAGCGUUUGAAGGUAACAAAUAAUAAUGAUUAAAUCUAGAGUUUAUUUCGCUGAAAUGCAUUGUUAUUUGAGUAAUGCAGUCGAGAUUGUCAUUCUAGGACUGGCUUAGUAAGCCACUCGUCGAAGUGCAGGACUACAUAGCUACUCCAUCGUCUCGCGGGGUGCCAUAUGAUUGCUAUUUAGUCCAAGAAUAUCUGUCUUCUUGUUUAUCCACUUUUCACAUUCCAUCCACAUAAUAUCAUACUCGAUAUUGAAUCGUUUUUUCUAUCUCAAAUUAUACGCAAUUUUUAAAAAAAAUUAAAGUAAUCGAGGUCUUAAGGGUGGUAUUUAAUGACAUUACCUGUGUCACUUCCGCAGUUGAAUAUUUCUACAAUUUCCUGUUAGCUACAUAUGGUAUGCGUAUACAACACGCUAAGAGUAUUUUGUUUUGUUUUGAACUGUUUUUUGAUGUCCAAGGCUUUCUUGCAGAAGCGUUCACUACAUGGUUUUGUCAUUCUUCGGAUGUUUCCUCUAUCCUUUAUAUAUUUCAUUUGCGCUGCCUAUGUUUUCAAUCGGUUCUAUUGUUGGUUUUCUAUAGCCUGAAAAAUAACCUAAGUCUGGUGGCCACCGACCCAUAUGAAGCGUUUCCUGAUAACCAAGCUGCCUGGGUGAGAUUCGGACGUUUCUUUUCACAGGUGAGACAGUUGUUCCCCAGUUUAACUAGUAACUUAACACAGGUGAGACAGUUGUUCACCAGUUUAUCUAGUGACCUUACACAGGUGAGACAGUGGUUCUCCAGUUUAACUAGUGACUUUACACAGGUUUGAGUUGCUCACUAGUUAAACAGUUGAUUCUAACAUCAAUAAUAAUUUUACAAAUUUGAAACCCUAACAGUCGAAAUACUCCGUGAUCCCAGAUGUCGCCAUCGCGAAGAUGACACAUCUUUUUUAAUGCGUUCCCAAAUCUGGUAAGUUGCCCAAGUCUGGUAAGUUGUCCAAUUCAUGGUAAGUUGUCCAAUUGAUGGUAAGUUGUCCAAUUUCUGAUAAGUUGUCCAAAUCUGGUUAAUUGUCCAAUUGAUGGUAAUUUGUCCAAUUGAUAGUAAGUUGUCAAAUUUCUGGUAAGUUGUCCAAAUGUGGUAAGUUGUCCAAUUUAUGGUAAGUUGUCCAAUUUCUGGUAAGUUGUCCAAUUUCUGGUAAGUUGUCCAAUUUCUGGUAAGUUGUCCAAUUUCUGGUAAGUUGUCCAAUUUCUGGUAAGUUGUCCAAUUUCUGGUAAGUUGUCCAAUUUCUGGUAAGUUGUCCAAUUUCUGGUAAGUUGUCCAAUUUCUGGUAAGUUGUCCAAUUUCUGGUAAGUUGUCCAAUUUCUGGUAAGUUGUCCAAUUUCUGGUAAGUUGUCCAAUUUCUGGUAAGUUGUCCAAUUUCUGGUAAGUUGUCCAAUUUCUGGUAAGUUGUCCAAUUUCUGGUAAGUUGUCCAAUUUCUGGUAAGUUGUCCAAUUUCUGGUAAGUUGUCCAAUUUCUGGUAAGUUGUCCAAUUUCUGGUAAGUUGUCCAAUUUCUGGUAAGUUGUCCAAUUUCUGGUAAGUUGUCCAAUUUCUGGUAAGUUGUCCAAUUUCUGGUAAGUUGUCCAAUUUCUGGUAAGUUGUCCAAUUUCUGGUAAGUUGUCCAAUUUCUGGUAAGUUGUCCAAUUUCUGGUAAGUUGUCCAAUUUCUGGUAAGUUGUCCAAUUUCUGGUAAGUUGUCCAAUUUCUGGUAAGUUGUCCAAUUUCUGGUAAGUUGUCCAAUUUCUGGUAAAUUGUCCAAUUUCUGGUAAGUUGUCCAAUUUCUGGUAAAUUGUCCAAUUUCUGGUAAGUUGUCCAAAUGUGGUAAGUUGUCCAAUUUCUGGUAACUUGUCCAAAUGUGGUAAGUUGUCCAGUUUAUGGUAAGGUGUCUCAUUUCUGGUAAGUUGUCUAAAUCUGGUAAGUUGUCCAAUUGCUGGAAAGUUGUCCAAAUGUGGUAAGUUGUCCAAUAUAUGGUAAGUUGUACAGUUUCUGGUAGCUGUCCAAAUCUGGUAAGUUGUUCAAUUUAUGGUAAGUUGUCCAAUUUCUGGUAAUUUGUCCAAAUGUGGUAAGUUGUCCAAAUCUGGUAAGUUGUCCAAAUCUGGUAAGUUGUCCAAAUCUGAUAACUAAGAAAGUUAAGUUUAAUAACCCCGUUACAAAAACAAUUUGAAGUUUUACCGAAAUCCCUGGUGGCCUGGAUGGCGUUUAGGCUUUUCCUGGUAACAAACCAAUUUCCUCAAUUACCUGAUAAAUGUUUUCCUUUUAAAAAAAACUCUGUAGGUGAGCCCCCUGCUGUAUCACGUGCCCAUCUUCCGGGACAUGGUGUGGAGAACGCUGGAGGAAUUUAGAGAGGCCAACGUGCUCUACUUGGAAAUUAGAGGAUCCUUCACAGGGGUGAGUUUGUUUGAUAGCAGCCUGGGAGAUGUACUUGGAAAUUAGAGGAACCUUCACAGGGUUGAUUUUGUUUGAUAGCAGCCUGGGAGAUGUACUUGGAAAUUAGAGGAACCUUCACAGAGUUGAUUUUGUUUGAUAGCAGCCUGGAAGAUGUACUUGGAAAUUAGAGGAACCUUCACAGAGUUGAUUUUGUUUGAUAGCAGCCUGGGAGAUGUACUUGGAAAUUAGAGGAACCUUCACAGGGUUGAUUUUGUUUGAUAGCAGCCUGAGAGAUGUACUUGGAAAUUAGAGGAUCCUUCACAGAGGUGAGUUUGUUUGAUAGCAGCCUGGAAGAUGUACUUGGAAAUUAGAGGAACCUUCACGGGGUCGAGUUUGUUUGAUAGCAGCCUGGGACAUGUACUUGGAAAUUAGAGGAACCUUCACAGGGUUGAGUUUGUUUGAUAGCAGCCUGGGAGAUGUACUUGGAAAUUAGAGGAACCUUCACGGGGGUGAGUUUGUUUGAUAGCAGCCUGGGAGAUGUACUUGGAAAUUAGAGGAACCUUCACAGGGUUGAGUUUGUUUGAUAGCAGCCUGGGAGAUGUACUUGGAAAUUAGAGGAACCUUCACAGGGGUGAGUUUGUUUGAUAGCAAUCUACCCCACAUCUUCGGCUGACGUAUAAAUCCACACUAUUUAAGAGCCAUACGUUUUACCAUAAUUAAAACUGUCUCUUGUUUUAAUAUUUUUAUUGUUCGCCCUUCGCACGUGAAGAAAACCACGGCAAUUAUCGACUUGAAAUCCUUUUACCAUAUAUAUAUAUAAUUUUCAGCUAUUCUUUAACUAUUUCCCGUGCUUAAAAUAAACUAUCUCUGCAGAGAAUAUUUUUUUAGGGGGGGUAAGGGGGGGGGGUAAAAUUAUACUUCUCUUACGAGUCGUGGAUUUCGCUUUCGGGGAAAAAAUGAAGUUAAUUUAAAAGAUCGUUUUAUGGGCGUCCAGCUGGUAGCUCUAGGUCGGCUUAAGAUGUCCAGCUGGUAGCUCUAGGUCGGCUUAAGAUGUCCAGCUGGUAGCUCUAGGUCGGCUUAAGAUGUCCAGCUGGUAGCUCUAGGUCGGCUUAAGAUGUCCAGCUGGUAGCUCUAGGUCGGCUUAAGAUGUCCAGCUGGUAGCUCUAGGUCGGCUUAAGAUGUCCAGCUGGUAGCUCUAGGUCGGCUUAAGAUGUCCAGCUGGUAGCUCUAGGUCGGCUUAAGAUGUCCAGCUGGUAGCUCUAGGUCGGCUUAAGAUGUCCAGCUGGUAGCUCUAGGUCGGCUUAAGAUGUCCAGCUGGUAGCUCUAGGUCGGCUUAAGAUGUCCAGCUGGUAGCUCUAGGUCGGCUUAAGAUGUCCAGCUGGUAGCUCUAGGUCGGCUUAAGAUGUCCAGCUGGUAGCUCUAGGUCGGCUUAAGAUGUCCAGCUGGUAGCUCUAGGUCGGCUUAAGAUGUCCAGCUGGUAGCUCUAGGUCGGCUUAAGAUGUCCAGCUGGUAGCUCUAGGUCGGCUUAAGAUGUCCAGCUGGUAGCUCUAGGUCGGCUUAAGAUGUCCAGCUGGUAGCUCUAGGUCGGCUUAAGAUGUCCAGCUGGUAGCUCUAGGUCGGCUUAAGAUGUCCAGCUGGUAGCUCUAGGUCGGCUUAAGAUGUCCAGCUGGUAGCUCUAGGUCGGCUUAAGAUGUCCAGCUGGUAGCUCUAGGUCGGCUCAAGAUGUCCAGCUGGUAGCUGUAGCCCUGUUUAAGUGUGAACGCACGGCAAAAAAAAAACAAAAUUGUCUAAUGAAGCUGCUUGUGGUAGCAUUCAACUUGACAUCAGCAGGAGCUGGCUUAAACAAUGGCAUGAUGUAACUGUGUGAGAGCAACAUCACCGGUAAAGUGUCUAUACAUCCUCUCUCUCCCAGCUGUCCGAGCUGGACGGGACCGUACAUGACAUGAGGUACGGCGUGCUGCUGGUCAAAAACAUCUCAGACGAGUUCGUCAAGAAGUAUCCAGAUUUUAUUGGCGUUAAAGUCAUUCCGUCUGGAUUAAGGUUAGUGUUCACUGGCUUAUGAUAAACUGACUUUAGGUCAGGGUUAAGGUUAUGGUUAGCGGUAAGGUUAGCAUUAAGGUUAAUUUUCAGUGACUAAUGGUAAAAUGGCUUUAGGUCAGGGUUAAGUUGCUAAAGGUUAAUCUCAACUGUUUUUAUUUUUAAUUUUAAAGCAAAAGCAACUGCAUGCUUUCUUUAAAGCCAUUUCAACACAGAAAAUUAAACGCCAGAACAAUUUCCUUAACAUAACAUUUUAUUAUAAGUCAUAAGCUUUUUUCUGUGUAACAUUUAAUGUAUAGGAAAUAGGUUUAGCUUAUGGAGCAAAGACUAGAAACUAAUACCAUGAAUUGAACUAGAUAGAAGUUUUGUUACUACGUGUAAUGAAAGAGAUGCAAGACUCUUUUAAUGGACAUUUCUAUAUAAAUGUUAUUUAAUAUUUUAUUCAAUAUUUCUUUUACGUUAUUUUUUUUUUUUUUAAUUAUUGAAAAAUCUUUAAAGAAACAAACAGGUGUCUCAAAUCCUGGAGGAAGUGAAAACGACCAUGGCGCUUCAUAAGGAAUUCCCGGAUGUGGUGUCGGGUUAUGACUUGUCAGGCAACGAGGCUCUCUACAAACCGUUGUCCUACUACAGUGAAGCCCUGCUGUACCCUAGUCAACAGGACCCGCCCUAUCACCUGCCUUACUUCUUCCACGCCGGUGAAACCCGUGAGUCGAGUUUAGGGAGCUGAUUCUGUUGUGGACGUGAGCGGAAUGUGUUUGUUUCAUUGGAGAUCGGAAGCGAUCUUAACGGAUUGACCUAGUUUGUGAGGCCUAAAUGAGUUCGAUGGGUUUAAAACCUAAUCAAUGCAGAUCGAAGUUUAAUUAGUCGUUUGAACUAUAUUGGGCAGAUAAAAUGGAUUCUACUCGAUUUACCAAAAAAAGUUAUAGAUAUUGAUACCGGACCUAAUCACUGGUGAACAAACAGAAAUUUCUAUGGUAAAAAUUAUUACUUCAUAGUAUAGGAUUACAGAACAGAUAAAAAAUAUACAGGAAAAGUCAUCGCUAGUUUUUUGCUAGGGUUGGUGGCCCCAACAACUUUAUUGCUAGGGUUGGUGGCCCCAACAAUUUUAUUGCUAGGGUUGGUGGCCCCAACAAUUUUAUUGCUAGGGUUGGUGGCCCCAACAAUUUUAUUGCUAGGGUUGGUGGCCCCAACAAUUUUAUUGCUAGGGUUGGUGGCCCCAACAAUUUUAUUGAUACUACAGUGAAGCCCUGCUGUACCCUAGUCAACAGGACCCGCCCUAUCACCUGCCUUACUUCUUCCACGCCGGUGAAACCCGUGAGUCGAGUUUAGGGAGCUGAUUCUGUUGUGGACGUGAGCGGAUUGUGUUUGUUUCAUUGGAGAUCGGAAGCGAUCUUAACGGAUUGACCUAGUUUGUGAGGCCUAAAUGAGUUCGAUGGGUUUAAAACCUAAUCAAUGUAGAUCGAAGUUUAAUUAGUCGUUUGAACUAUAUUGGGCAGAUAAAAUGGAUUCUACUCGAUUUACCAAAAAAAAGUUAUAGAUAUUGAUACCGGACCUAAUCACUGGUGAACAAAGAGAAAUUUCUAUGGUAAAAAUUUUUACUUCAUAGUAUAGGGUUACAGAACAGAUAAAAAAUAUACAGGAAAAGUCAUCGCUAGUUUUUUGCUAGGGUUGGUGGCCCCAACAAUUUUAUUGCUAGGAUAAAAAAUGAAUUCUUGAUACUAAGAUUGUAAUAUUCAUGUUUUACUAUGCACAUGUCCUGCCUGUUUACAGCCUGGCAGGGCACUGAGACAGGGUUUAACCUGGCAGACGCAAUUUUGCUUAACGCCACCCGUGUUGGGCACGCCUAUGCUUUGAGCAAACACCCCAAAUUUCUUAAGUUGAUUCUACAGAAGGGGAUCCCUGUUGAGGUGCAGCCUAUUUCAAAUCAGGUGAGUUCUAUCUGUCGAGUGGCAAACAACUUCCAAUCAGGUGAGUGCAAUCUGGGACAACCCAUUGCCAAUCAGUGAGUCCAUCUGUUUAGGUGCAAUCAUAUCAUGCAACCCAUAUCCUAUCAGCUCAGUUUAAAGAAACUAUAUUUUUUAAGUGAUGAAAAUGUGGGGGAGAUGUUGAAGGAGGGGGAUGGGGGGGGGGGAGACAACAUAAAAUAUAAUAAAUUAAAUUCUUGACACUCUUGACAAUUUAAAAACGGUUAUGUUAACUGAUCUAUGGGCUACAGCAAUCGUGAAUCAACAACAUUGCACAAUUUCUCUCGACUCUCUACCAGGUUUUACGCCUGGUCAGCGACUUCCGUAAUCAUCCGAUGGUGUCACUGAUGGCCCAGAACCUGUCUUUGGUCAUUAGCUGCGAUGACCGCACCACCAUGGAAUCGGCACCGCUGUCCCAUGACUUCUUCGUGGCGUUCACGGCCAUGUCCAGCGAAGACGCUGAUCUGACCCUCUUGAAACAGCUGGCCAUCAAUUCCAUCAAGUGAGCACACUGUCGAAAAUUAACUCAUUGAUUAGCUUGGUGAAGUCAAAUAAUAUUUUUAUUUGUAUAUAUUUUUAAAAAAUCCUUUAUAUAAAAUUGACUUUUAUUGACAAAAUCUUCGGGCGGCUAAUUGACCCACUUCCCGUCAACCCAUUGAGCUGAAAUUUGGUACACAGACUCGUUCCCGAUGACAAAAAAUUUAGCCCCAAAUUUUUGAGCCCCACAUCCAAACCCCUAACCAUAAUUUUUAUUGUCCUGUUCAUCAAAUGGAAGAUGAAGGGAAUAUGAUCACGGCGGUUUCGCAAAAUAAAUAUUCCAAUAACUGAGCUAACUGAGAUUCCCUUUUUUUUUUUUUUUUAAAUAUCGCAAGUGCGUUUGGUGCGCAAUCUAUUUUUGUUGUCCUGAAAUAGUAGGUGAAAUCAAUCUGCGGCAUGAAAGCGGGUGGGACAUUAGAAAAUUAAUAUUAGUUCAGGGGCGUGUAAGAAAAUGUGCGGUUGCAAGCUCUUGCGAUGGGGUUGGGUUUGGGGAGCGCUAAUUGGUAUUCUUAUACAAUGCCUUACUUGUAUGCAUGUUUUGUCAAAUUGUCAGCUCCACACCCCCCCCCCAAACCUCAAAUCGCUUCACAUUAAAAUUUGUAAAUGAUUUAAACGGAAAACUUUGUUUUUAGUUUGUUUUUUGUUUUUUUAAUUUUCCCGCAUUCUUCCUUCGGCGUUUAAAGCGUUUCGUUCAACAACUAAAAAAAAUAGUAUAGUUUAAAAUAGAAAAGUUAUAAUAUAAAUAAAUUUCUAUACGUAUGUUUCGGCUUCUUGGUGUAGCGUUUAAAAUGACCGUCCCCCAUUUUCAGAUUCAGCACUCUCGACCCCAAAGAAAAAGAAAAGGCGAUGCAACUAUGGCAGACGCAGUGGAACACAUUUAUCGCUGACGUGGUCCACCAAUCGGGGUUAGUUCCGUCUCCAACCGUUCGUCACAACAUGGCUGCUCGGUGUUCUCAAAAUAGUGGAGCAACGCUCUUUGCUUUCGUGGCUGUCGUCAUUCUAAACAAAAUUUAAAUGGAUCCCGGAUAAGAAGAAAAUAAAUAUGAUUGUCGUCUAUCUAGGGAAAUUGCAAAUUGGCGGUG